AUGGCGCUGAGCAAGCCGAUGGCAACGCUUGCGACCGCGACGUCAGCUGCGGUCGGAGGAUGCACUGCAUCCGUGGUGCUGUAUCCUUUAGAUACGUUGAAGACGAGAAUGCAGUCCGAAUCCAAGAAAGAUGCUAACGUCAAGACUUCCCUGGUGACGUGCGAUGUCGACAGCAUUUUGUCAUUCUACAAGGGUGUCCAGUACAAAGCUGCGCAGUCGACGAUCUCCAAAUUUCUGUACUUCUAUGCAUACACUGCCAUGACAAAGAUGCUCCUGACGAAGAACGCGACGUCGCUGUCGACAGGGGCGAACUUGGUGGUUGGGUACUUAGCCGAAAUGUUUCACCUACCCGUCUCUUUGCCCCUGGAAGUUGUCAUCACUCGUAUGCAAACGACGCAGGCAAAAGACUCGAAGAAAGCAAGUCUUUUCCAGCAAUUACAAGCGAUCUGGGACGAAAACGGGGGCACGUGGACAGCAUUUUACAAAGGGUUUUCGGCGUACUUUGUUUUGUGCUUGCAACCGGCAAUUCAAUUUACCGUGUUUGAGCAAGUGAAGAAGCUGUACUUGAGGGCAUACAAACCCACGACCACGACGCUGUCUGCCAUUGAGGCAUUUUUCCUCGGGGCCGCCGCGAGAUCGUUGGCGACGCUCGUCGUAUUUCCGUACAUUCGUGCGAAGGUUAUCGUACAAGCAAAAGCCAAAGUAGCGUCUGGGGAAACACAGCCAAGCCUGGUUGCAAUUCUUCAGAGCUUGAUCCGCGACGAAGGCUACAUGUCGUUAUACCGAGGCCUCGCCCCUGAACUGACUAAGGUGUUCUAUUAUUCCGACGUAGCAGUUGCGUCAUGUUUGUUCGCGUAG